AUGAGUCCCCCUAUGCCUUUCGCUCCCAGCGUCUCUAUUGAGAUCCCACAGAACUUUGCGUUCGGACCGACUGUUCUCGACCCCAUCGAGCAACCCGUUGAAAACGGCACCGAUGGUGACAGCAAGGAACAUACUCACCUCGUCACUGGUGCUGUAGCCGAGCCAGUGACAUCGUUGGAUGUUUUGGCGAACUUUAAAGGAACCUUUCGAGGGUUCGGCUUCAACACCAUCUUUCGGCCCAACAGCAAGGCCACUCCGACUCCGUUGCCAGUGGAAUCGACCGAUGCCAACGAUGACAAUGUGUUGCAACUCAACCUGACAAGUGAGACCAUGACGUUCGGAAAUGAACUUGGCAACGUUCCCAAUCGCGGCCUGGGCCCACAAGCAGACAUCAUGCUCAACGGCGUGCCAUACACUCAGACCAUCCUUGACGCCAUGCCCUCGGAUGUCCUCUCGCCUUGUAAGCCGCCCGUCAUUCAUUUUGAGCCUGGCCUGUGGAUGCGAGUUCCUGAGAGCGCCACCAUGCCUAAUCUCGCUGCCUCUUUCACUAGAAUGGCAUCCAUCCCUCACGGCACCACCAUCAACGCACAGUGUUUCGGGCCAGCCACGACUCACAAGGGUCCACCUGUAAUUCCUUCUGUGGGAAUUACACCCGUUUUUCUUCCAACUGGACAAGAUCAAAUCUUUGCCAGUCAAACCGCUUCAGACCAAGUGUCUCGUCGCCUCCCCCAGGACCUUACCCCUUUCAUGGAAGAUGGAACCAUCACUCAGGAGAUCCUUAACGACCCAAACACUGUUUUGAGGAACGCAAACAAGGGAAAGCACAUUGUAGAGCAUACCACCUUCACUGUCACCACGGCGUCUGAACCUCCUAACCUUGGCGGAGGGACCAGCAACAUUGGCUUCAACAUCGGAGCCGACGAUGGAAAGGUGUUUCCUGCCACCCCGAAGGAGAGAAGUGGGAAUGCGAACGCGACCAAGAUGACUGCUCAGUACUGGAUCUCCAAGGUUCGCGCAAAGAUCCGUCUUCUACCCUGCAUGGAAAAGGGCGAUUUGGUCUCUCCCGUUUCCAACGGCCCCAGGGAUAUUGUUCCUCAGUUCGUUAUAGACCGACACCAUGUCGUCACGGCACCCAAGACUAUCACAGUCGAGUACACGCAGAUCCAGUACUCGCAGUUUGUGGCUCUUGACUUUAACGGCCUCGGCUGGCCGCAUGUUAGCGUCGCCACUCUUGCACCGACUAAGCACUUCAACGGUCCUAAGCUUAAGCAUGUAGUCGUGAGGGAGGAGACGUACUAA